AUGUCCGGUUUAGCGUGUCUGAAAAAGUCACAAACCGAAGACGAAGACGCGCAAGAGUUGAAAUUAGGACCCGAUUUUAGCGACGCGCAGUGCUUGUCGAUUUCAGAAGUGAGACUGGUGAUGGAAGCGAUGAUAUACGAUUACAACAACAGAAACGAGGACGCGUCGUCGACGAACACGCAGGUGUUUGAAAAGACUCUGAAGUACGUGCAAAGAUUUGGAGGGAACGUCAGUCAAGAAGCCGUGCAAUUGAUUCGAGACAUGUUGACGAAACAGAACGGAUUGCACACGUUCGAAGCGGCGGUGGUGUCGAACUUGCGCCCGGUGGAUUACGACGAGGCAAAGACGCUCGUGCCGUCUUUGGAAGCGGAAGGGAGAGCGAGCGAGGAGCAGAUUCAAAGAAUGCUGGAUGAAAUGGCAAACGUUAGACGUUUUGAAUAA